GUAACAGUGUGAACAACAGCAAUUGUAGCAAUUCUUGGUAUAACUCUCGUGUUUUUCACUUACCUUCCCAAGUAUAAUAGCAAGUGUGUGAUUCUGUACAGAGGCCUAUCCUGACGUGUUAAGUGAUAAUUGGCGCCAAAUUAAAAUUAAAAUAAAGAUCUACAAAAUAAGAAAAUUUUAACGUAGCAAUCCGGUACAUACAUCUAUAAAAAUGAUGAAAUCUAUGACUAUAUUCGUGUUUUGCGCCCUGCUGAUGAUAAUGGAUAUUGUCACGAUCGAGUCCCGUCCACAAAAUGUGCUCGAGAAUAAUCAGAAUCUGGAGAAUUUGGAGCAGGAUGUCGAUGAAGUACGUAAUAGUUACUAUGAGCUGCCAGCGCCCGGAUCCUAUUCUGGCGUCCCACUCGAUCGCCUGCAAAUGUUGAUUGCACAAUAUAGACCAACAUCGUACAUUCGUACUCCCGGGUGGAGCAGCAGCAUGAACGAACUCUUCCGCAUGCCUGAGUCAAAACGUCAAGUUAGAUAUAGACAGUGCUAUUUUAACCCUAUUUCGUGCUUCAAGAAGUAAAUGUUUUGAAAAAAUCUAAGCUAAAAAUAUCGCAUAAAAGACGAAAUUUGUAAAUAUGCUAUUUAUUAACAAAAAUGUCUAAAACAUUGUUCCAUAGCUAUUUAAUUCAUUAGUGGAGAUCACAUAAAGACAACAUUUCAAACAGAAAACUACAUUUACUCCCUUUAACUAUGUAUGGAUAUGUGUCAAAACUAGCAAAAGUGUGGAUUUUGUUAUAGUAACUAACUACAUAAUUUUAUUUUUAAAUGAAUGUUAUCAAAAACUAUUGAAUCGAAAAUAUGUAAGUGUUAUUAAAUGUAUGUAUAUCACAAACUCGUUGUUUUGCCAUAUCGCAUCCCAAAGCAUGACUUUAAAAACACACAAAAAAAAAAUAAUAAUAGCGUUCAAAAUGCCUAUAAUAUUGAUUUAAGUCCCUUUGUUUACAUACUCUGAUUUUAUAUACGGCGGAAUGCAUCUCAUGUGGUAAAUAUAUAAGUACAUAUAUUUGUAUGUAUUUAAAUGUCAAAUUUCAUUAAAGAGUGUUUUAAUUGAAUAAUUUGUACGAUUGCAUUAUUUAGCAGCCGAAACAAAUCAAAGGACAAACUCUCGUAAAAAUUUGAAAAUCUGAGCAAAAGGGUUUGAAGCUUCUUAAAAUUAUGCACCGCAUAUGCGAGGUAGGACAUUUGUGUAUGUAUAGUAAUAAUCAUUGUUAAUAAAAUA